AUGCCCGCAGGAGCUCUGCGCCUGUGGCUGCUGGUCCUCGCCCUCCAUCCCAGAUGCGUCACCCAGCUCGCCAUCCCGCAGCGGGCCAGGGGGUGGGCGGCCUCGGACGAGACCAAGAGGACGGCCAGCGAGCACCUGGACGCGCUGCUGCAGCUGAAGGAGUCGCUCCGGGGUCCGGCGGCGGCGGCCCCUCACAAGAAGGCCCCUCAGUUCAUGGUGGAUCUCUUUAACGCGGUGUCGGUCACGGACGGGAGGCCAAAGAGCCAGAAGGAAAUCCUGGAAGGAAACAUUGUGCGGAGCUUUGUGGAUAAAGGUCAUGCUGGAGAGAGGUUACACUUCUUCGACCUGUCGUCUUUCGGCAGAGAGGAGAGAAUGAUCAAAGCGGAGUUUCGCUGGUUCAGGAAGAAACAGAAGUUUUACAUGGGAAAGUCACACGGGCCUCAUUUCUAUAAGGUGGAUCUGUACGAGGUGUUGGACAGCCGGGUGAAGCCUUGGAGAGGAAACCUCAUCACCUCCAGACUGGUGCCCCUCUACACUCAGGGAUGGGAGGUCUUCAACGUCACUCAAACAGUAUCUAAGUGGAUCCGUAACAGCCAGGAGAAUAACGGCAUCCUGAUGGUGACCACCCUCCCCUCUGGGAACUGGAUGGAGUCAGCGGUGGCCUCAUCCAAGCAGAAGGCAGAGCUGACGGAGGCAAACUCCUACCUGGUCAUAUUCUCAGAUGAUGUCAAGACAGGAGCGUUCAACCAGUCAUACCUGGGACAAGCUCAACCUGCAGCAGCAGCACCUGAGCUCCGCGACCACCGCAGCCGAACGCGACGAGCAUUUCCCGACCCCUCGCUCCACGAGUCGCCCCAGCCCUGCCAGCGGGUCCCUCUCUUCGUCGACUUCGAGGAGAUCGGCUGGUCGGGCUGGAUCAUCUCCCCGCGGGGUUACAACGCCUACCACUGCAAAGGCUCCUGUCCCUUCCCGCUGGGGGGCAGCCUCAAAGCCACCAACCACGCCACGGUGCGCUCCAUCAUGCACGCGCUCAAGCUCUCGAGCGACGAGGUGGGAGCGCCCUGCUGUGUGCCCGACAGACUCCAGUCCAUCAGCUUGUUAUACUUCGAUGAGGAGGAGAACGUGGUUUUGAAGCAGUACGACGACAUGGUGGCGUUGAGCUGCGGCUGUCACUGA